AUGUGCCCUGAUUUCUCCUUAACAGCUAAACCUAAUGCUCUUCCUCCUCCUCUUUAUUUCUCCUGCUCACGGCCAUCUCAACCCUCGCCUCUCAUCCUUUCUGGUGCGAGCCCCUCCAUUUGGCAGGGCCUUAUAGCUAUAGGGGUGAAGAACGAUCAAAUUUUCAUUGGUGACAUAAAUAUUCUUUACAAGAAUGGGAACCUCCUUGAAAAUACAAGGGAAGAGGAGAUGAAGACAGGAAAGGAGCGGGAGUGGCUGUGUGUUUUGGCGUUGGGAAGCUCAACAUCAAGGAGAGAACCAGAACUGAUUCCGAGAAGCGCAUCAGACCACUCACGAAGUGGCUACUUAGAUGUGCAGGACAAAGGUGAUCGAUGGAUUCGCAUUUGGAUCAAGGCCGGUGAUCUCAUCAUUUUACCUGCUGGAAUCUACCAUCGGUUAACUCUUGACACAAGUAACUAUGUGAAGUUGAUGAGGUUGUUUAUCGGCGAGCCUGUAUGGACAGCAUAUAAUCGACCACAGGAAGAUAACCCUUUUAGUUUUUAG